AUUUUCUUUGUAAGGAUAACCUCUUAAAUAUACUUAUGAUUCCUUUGGUAAAAUUUGUGGAACAUGUAGUAAAUUUCAACACGGAUUCGGUAACUUACAUCUUGUGUAACCAAAAAGAUACCCUGGAACCGAAUCGGUGACUGGCACCAAGAGCAGACCAGAACGCCGCCAUAAAUCCCACUACCAUCGUCUUCGGGAUGCCGUUAUGGCAGCGCCAUAGGCUGCAAUGGCGUGUUUAUAUGGCGAAAUGUCAGCCCUCUGCCAUAUCUCACCAUUGAUAAUGCUGUCUGAUGUACACUUUCAUGAUUCAACAACAAAACUUUGUGAAGAUGUAAGUGUAGCUCUGACUGAAAUCUUGAACCUACCCCCGAUGGACAAAUGCAAUGGCUGCAGGUUCUCUAAUGUGUCUUCAAUUGCUGUCUUUUCAAGUGCCAUUUUUGUGGUCUCCUUGAUUUUGGUUCGUCUCCUUUAUGUCAUAUAUCACAGUUGCUGGCCCUUGAGCAAAAGGGCUUCAAAACCUGUCAGUACCCUCAUUAUUUUAGGAUCAGGUGGUCAUACUGCUGAGAUGCUUAAUCUAUUGGCAGUGUUACGGAAAGAUAGGUUUAAUCCAAGAUUCUACAUUGCUGCAGCUACUGAUAAUAUGAGUCUUGAAAAAGCUCAGUUGUUGGAAAACUCCCUUGCUACUGAGAAUGCAACAAGUGUCACACAUUCUGCCCAGUUCAUGAAGAUAUAUCGGAGUAGGGAAGUUGGUCAAUCGUAUAUAACCUCAAUUUGGACUACAUUAAUUGCAAUGGUGCAUGCGCUGUGGCUAAUGAUUAAAAUUAGACCUGAAGUGAUACUUUGUAAUGGACCUGGAACUUGCAUUCCCAUAUGUGCAAUUGCAUUCAUAUUUAAGGUAGUGGGAAUCAAAUGGUCAUCAAUUUUCUAUGUUGAGAGUAUUGCAAGAGUGAGAAGGCUCUCCUUGAGUGGCUUGCUCCUGUACAAGUUCCGGAUGGCUGAUCAACUUUUUGUUCAGUGGCCACAGCUGCAACGGCAAUAUCCCCGAGCUACCUAUGUUGGUAGACUAAUGUAACCAACUCUUUCCUUUAAUAGUUGUACUAUAUUUAAGUUCUCUCUGCAUUUGCCAAGUGUUUUUAUAGGUUAAAUGAUUGUUAUUCUUAGUGUUUCGAAAGGAAAAAAGAAAGAUAAGAAGAUUGAGAUUAUUUGAAGAGAUUUGGAAUGCUAGUUUGCGUGAUGUGAAA